ACUUUAAAGCUCCAGCUAAGGAUCUGUGUGCUUCUGCUGCUCACUGGGUGUGCCUGAAACAUGUCUUUCUCAGGCUUUGGGCCUUCAAUCAUCCAGGUGGUGUUUGACAUGAGCUGAAAUGACAGCCGUCUCCAUUGCUGUCACUCAUUCCUUUCUUUCCCUCCACCCAUCAUUUAUCCGUCCUAACCUGCUCUAAAUCACUCUCGGGCCCUGAAAGGAAAAAGGCUAAAUCAGUCGAUCAUUUUCUGUUCCAUCGCUCUCAAUCAAUGACAAGAAACACACACACACGAUGCCUCGUAGAAGUAUAGGAAUAUGUCUCGAAGCCAAAUAUUACAUCUCACUCAUGAUGCCAAGAACGUACCUAUGAAUCAACAUUUAUACAUGAACAUACUUUCUCUAAGUAUUUCUAAUUGCAUGACUUUUUCUCUCACCUGUCACAUCUCAUCACUUGUGAAACCGCCUUAGCAGGGGCGGGUCCACCUCUUAACCUUUCUAUGUGCUUCAACCAGUAGUUCUUUCAUUAUGCACAGCUGUUACGUGGGCCUGCUUGUGGUUGAACUGAUUGUCUGAUGAGAUCAUUUUACCUCUUACAAACCAAACUUCAGUAAAGGAGACUAGCAUCAUCCAUGGAGACCAGCGGUGCGUCUGUGCUGUUGUACAGGAGGUCAAAACCCCAGGGGAAGGUGAGGCGACGGGUUCAGGACCUCCGCAUCCCUUCCUCCUCUUGCUACGACCUUAUAGCCAGCAGACCCCCAUUGGACUUGAGCCACAACGAGAGCGCUCGGCUGGCAGUGGACUCCCUGCUCAGCCGUGGUUUAGAGGGAUACCACGAGGUGUUGCACGCUGAGGGAGAAGUGGACUUUCUGUCGGAGCUGGAGAAGACCUACAUCCUGGAAAAUGGGAGGGAUGGCAACACAGCUGAUCCUGGUGCAUCUUAUGAUGCCACACAACGUCCUGCAGUGUCCACAGACAGUGAUCCUACUGUGGCAGAUGUAAAGCUGACUGAGCCUGUCCUGGAUAAGCCCAACGUUGAGGUUUAUUUGCAGUCCGACACCAGGGAGGCCUGCAUGAAAGACCUGGUCAGAAAGUUCAUCAGAAAAGCUGGAAUGGCCCUGGCCAUAGUGAUGGACAACUUCAGUGAUGUAGAGCUGCUCUGUGAUCUUCUGGAGGCGAGCAGGAAGAGGAAUGUGUCUGUUCAUCUGCUACUGGAUCAUCUCAACCUGAACCUGUUUGUCAACAUGUGGCAGGACCUCAAACUCGACAGCAGAAGCUUCCCUAAGCUGUCAGUGCGCAGCGUGGAGGGACAAACCUACUGUGCCAAGACAGGCAGGAAGCUGACCGGUCACAUUACGGAGAGUUUUAUCAUCACUGACUGGACUGAGGUGCUGACUGGCUCAUACAGUUUCUCCUGGCUGUCCUGGCAGGUCCAUCGUAGUCUUGCUGUUCUUGUAAAGGGCAGCGGGGUCAUACCUUUCCAUCAGGAAUUCCUCAGACUAUACUCUAGCUCUAAACCAGUCCCCAGCUUUGUCACUUUUAUCACUGUGCCUCGCACUCUUCCUCUUUACACCACAUUACAUGCAGCUCAAAACACUAACACUGAUGCCAGUAAGUCAAGAUUGAGCCCGACCACAACAGCGCGCCACAAAGUUUGGAAUCAAAAUGCUCAAAACACUCAGACAAAAACAAAGAUUCCGGUUUCAUCCAAUCCACAGAGAUAUCCAGAUACCCAGCCUCUACACAGAGCAGGCACUGGUACACAAAUGCAUGAAGAACCUCUGCAACUGUACCCAAAACAUCUUGUUCAGUCUGUGGGCAAAUCAAAGCAUACAGUGGGGGCUGUCCUCACGUGGCAUGGUGCACAAAAAAAAUGUGGAACCUCUGGAGAAGAAUGAAACCCCGAUCCAGAGUCACUCAAACCCUCUCAGUCUGACCCAUGUGUCACAUGUUCAGUCUCAGCUUACCAGCCUUACCAUCAACACGACAUCGGAAAAGCAUGUGAGGGCUCCAGAGUAUAUCCCUGUACACAUUGCUUCACCCACACAAGGACAGCACAGGAUUGUCAGCUUUCAAUCAACUUUCGGGACUAAUCUCAAGCAUCAUAAUGUGGGUACUGAAGGUCUUGUCUUUUGGCAAAGGAAUAGGAACAGGUUAACAGAGCCUUCAGGGAUUGCUGCAGGUCUCGACCCAAAAAGACGACAAUGGAACGAUUCACUUAAAUAUAAAUCGAAAGUGGACUUUCGAUCUGAUUAUCCCAAAGAACUGCCCCCUUCCACAACACAGCAAAAACAAGCAAAGACAGGCCCGUGGUUCCCUUUAAGCCACCAAAGAGGACCGACAUCUGGGCUACACACUAACAUGUCCUCUCUGGGAACCAGGAGGCAAGAUCAGCCCCAGAGACACCACCAACCCUCCCUUCAGGCAAACCCAACUAUAGAGGCUCCAGGUUCAAAGUCAACAUCAUCAGCCAUGGGAGCUUGUCUUAAACCUCAGCUCCA